GGGAGGAGGGGAGGAGCUACCUGUUGCGCGUGUCCCAACCAGCAGCUCGCAGGCCCAGGUGAGUGGCCGCGACUCUCCUGUUGCUCCCAGACGUGUGUCGCCCGCCGCCCGCCGCACACCCACACGCCGCCCGCCGCGCCCUGGCCCACGUCACGCCCCGCCCGCGAUACCCACACCGCCGGGAGACACCCACGACACCCAGUUAUCAACACCACACUUACACUUACCACCACCACCAGUGAGGAGGUGCGUUAAGUCCCCGUCAGGAGUGCCCCGCUGAAUCUCCCGCCCCAUCAGGAUCGCGGCGCCCCUCUCCCUGGCCCCCGCGCCUCCCCUACUACUUGCCAGCCCGGUUCUAGGAGCCGCGCGCCCCACGCCCCACGUCCGCCUGAAGCCGCACGCCCUUUUUGACUGUGCCGCGGCGCCGCCCAGUGACGCCCGCACCCACAUCCGCCCACCGCCCCGCAGCCUUUCCAGCCCCGCCGCUCAGCAUUCCCCAGGAACGCACUCUGCGGGGAUUCCUUCAGGAUUCUCCCGUAGGAGCCCCAGACUCCCCCUCCGGUACCCCGGCCCUCUCGUUAGGGCGCAUUUCUUCUCGCGGCGUACCUGAGAAGCUGGAAAGAUCUCCGGACUCGCCAAGCCCAGCCGCCUGAAGACGAGGCGCAGCAGCAUGUUCUCUAAGUUCAAGAGUUCGGGCGUGAGUGGCGGCAGUGGCAGCGGCGGCGCGACGGGAGGGGGCUCUGGUGGAGGGGGCGGGAGUGGAGGCAUAGGUGGAGGAGGAGGGGGAGGAGGUGGAGGAGGAGGGGGAGGAGGUGGAGGUGGAGGAGGUGGCGGGAUGAGAGAAGGCACCUCCGCCCUGGACUCCUCCCUGGCGCAGCAGUUCGAGGUGGGCAAGCUGGUGGCCUCCGCGGGGCCCUCAGCGGUGUGGAAGAUCUACGAGGGAUACCGCAAGAGUGAUGCCAAGGAGGUCUCAGUGUUUGUGUUCGAGAAGAAGACAGCCGAGAAACUGCACAAGCCACGGCGCCGUGAGGUGGUGACGGAGCUGCUGCGUCAUGGCAUCCGACAGCUGGAGCGACACCGACACCCGCGGCUCCUACAGGUGGUGGCAGGACCCGAGGACACCCCUGACACGCUCUCCUUCUAUUCGGAACCCAUCAUGGCGUCCCUCAGCAACAUCAUUACGCCACCAGAUGAAAAGGAGAAGGAAAAAGGCACUAGCCUCUCCAAGGACUACACGUUCCUGGAGGUGGAGCUUAAGUACGGCAUCCUGCAGCUGACGGAGGCGCUGUCGUUCCUCCAUUACUCGUGUCACGUAGUACAUCGCAAUGUCACUCCGGCUUCUGUUUUCGUUACCAAGAGGGGCACGUGGAAGCUUGCCGGCCUGGAGUUCACUGAGAAAGUGGGUGAGGGGGAAGGUCCAGACAACAUCAGCGUGCAACCGUGGACUUCUCGCGCACCCAAGAUGACCCAGCCCGACCUCGACUACAUCAGUCCCGAGGUGCAGACGUCCUCCACCUGCAGCGUUCUGAGUGACAUGUUCUCGCUGGGGAUGGUCAUCUGCGCCAUCUUCAACUCGGGCCGCUCACUCAUCGAGGCGGGACACUCCAGCUCCGUGUACCAGAAGCAGUUGGAGGUGCUGGGCGAACAAGUCAACAACGUGCUACCCAAGGUGCCCACGGGUCUGCAAGAGGCUGUAGUGCGUCUGGUGAGCCGUGAUCCGCGUCAGCGACCUACAUCCCAGCUGGUGGCGCUCAUCAAGUACUUCAGCGACCCCGUGGUCCAGGCGCUGCAGUUCCUUGACGUCAUCAACAUGAAGGACCCCACUCAGAAGACACACUUCUACCGCACCACGCUGAUGGAGGUGCUCCCCGUCAUACCCAAGAAGUUGUGGUUCCUGCACGUGUGGCCGUCGCUGCAGCAGGAGAUGCGGACACAGGAAGUGUUGGCGGCGGUGCUGCAGCCCAUCCUGAAGCUCAUCUCAGACGUCACCACUGAUGAGUAUGAGAACAUCAUCCUCCCGCACUUCAGGGGUGUGUUUAACGUGCCCAAGAGUAUCCAGGCCUCCGUCACGCUACUCGAGAACAUUCACGUCAUCCUCGAGAAGACUCCCAGCGAGGAUGUCUCCACUGACAUCCUGCCCAUCAUCUACUCUGGCCUUGAGUCCUCCACCGUGCAGGUUCAGGUCGCGGCAGUGGUAGCGGCGACGAACGCUUCAGAAUACCUUGACGCCGAGGCUAUAAAGAAAACGGUGCUGCCGCGUACGAAGGCGAUCUACGAGAAGUCCCCCACUGACGUUUCCCUCUGCCUGACGGUGCUCGGCUGUAUAGAGAAGAUCCUGGACAAGCUGGAGCGGUCGGCGAUCAUUGAUGACGUGCUACCAAUCCUUGCCGACGUGAAGCUGCAGGAUGCCGACGUUACUGUCAAGGUUGUAAACAUCUACAGACUCAUGCUGGGUGUCAAGAAGUUCGGGCUGAGCGUCAAUCUGCUGGCUACUCGCAUCUUGCCCUCGCUGCUGCCGCUCACCGUCAGUCCUUCCCUCAACCUGAUCCAGUUCAGCUUCCUCCUGCAAACCAUCCAUGAAAUGCUCGACCACAUAGAUAAGCAGCAACGCAACAAACUCAAGCUGGAUAACUUGAGUCUGGCGAGCAGUCCGGGUGAGAAACGGCUGCUACGCCACCAACUCAGCUCCGAUAACAUGUCCCUCUCGCCCUUCUCACCCGUGCCCAACGUUCGCAUCCAGGACACCCGCAUGUCCUCUAGCGCCGAGGACUUCCUCUCCCGCCGAGGGUCGUCAGGUAUUGGCUUCUUGGGACACUCUUUCUCAGGACCCUCGUCUCCGGACUCAAACCUCCUAAGAGUACAGUCCGCCACCAUUGGCCGGCGACUGUCAGACAACGAGCUCAUGAUGCCACCAAAGAUCCGGGUGGCUCUGUCCUCCGCUUCCUCUCCUGGCGAGACCUCCACGGGCUCCCUGCCUGUACGACGGCACUCCAGCAUUGGGCCGGAAAGACGCGGGUCCACUUGCACCAAUCUCUCGCCUCCUACUCCCACACGCCCACGCCGCUCCUUGGACCUGCAUUACUCCCAGGCGCUGUCCCGUACCUUGGUAAGUGGCGGACCUACCUGUGGAGGGUCCCUGUACUCCCCUCGCCGCCACAACCCCUCCCCGCCUCUCUGCCUCAGUCCCCAGACAAAGUCCCAGUCUUUUUUAAAGAACUCCUCCAUCGCCAAUGCCAGCAAAAGCGUCCCAAUGCUGCUCACACCCUCCCCUGUGUCUAACCUUGGCUCAAGAAGACAGUCCACUUGCUCCAUCACCUCCCUGGGUGGUUUGGAUUCUCGCCGUUCCUCCGCUGCCUCCAUCGGCAACCCUCUUGGAUCCUCGUAUAAGUCCCAUCGUCGUCCCUCAGCCCUCAUCUCCAACUCCUCCAGUGGUAACCUCCUGCAGCAGUUGUCGGCCGGCGUGUACCAGCUGUUCUCCAGUAAAUCAUAAGCAAGAUCUGAUCCUGCAGAAGAAAACUUGUCAACGAUUCAUCACUCUUGUAUGGAAAGAUGCAUAAAGGUAACCUCAGAACACAGCCAUGUCAGAACUGUACCUUGCAGUAAACUUGACAGUAAAUCCAGUAGUUGAUGGAAAAAAGCUAGAUGGGAAAAAAAGUGAAUCAGCAUCUAGGAAGUUGUUGAGCCUGGAAGUGACUUGAGACAGGGCAGUUCUGUGUGGCUGAGGAGAACAAAACAAUACAUAUAUAAUACUGUGAUUGUCAUGUAUAUUGAUAUAGCUCAAGUUGAUAAUUGUACUCAAGGCAGCAGGAUGCAGUUGCAAGUGGAGAGACCGACAUUUUGUAUGCUAUGUAGGUUAAGGCGUCCAGGUUCUUUAUGUAAGAUGACUGUAAUGGGUGGCAGGACUGAAUGUGUGUGUGUGUGUGGAGGUGGUUGCUGCAGUGGUACUGACUGUUAGUGGUUGUUGGUGAUAGUAAAUGUAGUUGGUAUUGUGGGUAAUGGUGAUGGCUGUGGUAGUGGUUCGUGUAGCAGUUAGCAGGCAUGGAGUCAUCAUGUAGGGUGUUAGUGUGUGCCAUGGGAGGAAGUGGGUGCCAUGAGUCAUGCUGUGGUCUCACUCAAGGCCACACAGCACCUCACUCAGCAACACUCCAUCACUAGCACUGUCAGCACACUUCCUCAACACUUGAAGUUUUUCCUUCAUGGCAGAUAUUUCAGACCUAAAUUUUCUUCUCCUUUUAAAGCUCACUCUGCAGAUUGAGUGGCAUUUAUUUUUAGCAUUGUAUCACAGUGGCUGAACAAAACUUUCCACCUUGUUACCAUAGAUAACCAGUUAGCCCAUUGUUAUUUUAGGAAUCUGCAAUAAUGAAAGUAACUCUGCACUAUGUUCAUAUGACAGUGUAAAGUUUAAUCCAAGUUCAUUACUCUGAAUGCAAUGUGAAAUAUCAAAGGAAAUGAAAGUAAUGAUAAUGACAAUGACAAUAAUAAUAAUAAUAAUAAUAAUGCAUCAUUAGAUACCACUUAGAAAUGUAUCUGUAUCAGUAGUAGCCAAAUUUACAGUUGUGAUAUUCAUGUGUUAAAAAAUUGGUUAUGGUUGAUAGAUGAACGAAGAAUAAGAAGUGCUGCCACCCUCAGCUCCCUGAUAGUUGUGCUGUGUGCUGGCGUGGUGGUCACAUGCAUGGUGGUGCACAGGAUGGGAAGCUGUGAUUGUUUUGCAGAGCAGCAGGUUAUACAUGUAAGACAUCUGUCAAAACUGCAGAUUGAUUUGUCUAUAUCAAUGAAGACUUUCUAAAACAGUAUGAGAAGGAUAUGAAGAAAAUUUUUAUCUUGGGUGAUAAUUACAUUCUUCCCUGAUGGAUUCUGUAAUAUCAGUUUUCUCUAAUUAACCUAAGCAUAUCACUUACUGAAACUGUUUGUGAGACUUGGAUGCACAUUUAAUCACAGACUAUACAAUAAGGUACGAAUUCAUAUUACUGUACAUUUGCACUCCUCAGCUGUUCUUGUGUUCAAAGGCCUUGCAGAAGACCAGCUUGAGAAAACUCUAUGUUGGUGAAACACAGUUUUUCAUUAUUUUCUAUCUUAGGGUUGUUUUGGAAGCUUAGCCCCAUUAACAUUGCUCUUCACACCAGCCAUUAAGAUUGAACAUGAAGUUAUACAAAGAUUCUUCUCAGUUUUUUUUACUUGAAAAUUAAAUUAUUUUCCACAAUGAUCUAGAAUGAAUUUUUUUGGUAGUAAUAACAAGUAUGCAUUGCUGGUGAUGGGGCUCUUAGGUUGUACUUCCCAAAUUGAAUCGCCACUAAGAGAGGCCUCUCAUGGGAUGUUAUUCCAGGCUGUUCCAACACUAGUUUUUGCUUGUAAUAAUGUACUUCAAGGAAUCACUUGCUUGCAUUUAUAAAGUCUGGUUCGUGAUUUAAAAGUACAGCCUAAUUAUUUCUCCGAGAAUCUCUCCUACUACACCACUACCUCCUGUGAUGCUGGCUGGGUCUCUCUCUGACAUUUAGUCUCAGGUGGGACACAGGAAUAGGAUACAUUGGCUAAUUUAAUUUUUUAUCUAUUGAUUAGUUAGAUCUUUAUUUGUUCAUAUACUGACUGUUCCAUUACAAUAGUUGUCUCUUGAACUAGACAGAAUAUUUGCUGUACCCAUUUGCUGUAACCUGGGCUUAUAUUUCCUUAUGAAUUCCCAAAUUAAAUAUGAGGUUGUGUUUCUAGAGUAUGGGUUUUUUUUUUUUUUGAUCAUAACAUUCACUGUAUGUUAUGUUGUUUUAAAGAAUGAUGUUUCCUUUACAAGGCUUCUGUAUAUUUUUUUUAUUUAUUAUUUUUAAAAAGAAAGUUACAAGCAAACACAUGUCAUGCUAAAGCUUAUUGUGGGUCAUUCCAAGAUGUGUUAGAUGAUGUGUAGUCCUCAGUCUUUCUACUGAACAUUGUCUCUUCUUGGUAAUGUCAUGCUACUAUUACUUGUCUAGUGGUGUGUGUGUGUGUGUGUGUGUGUGUGUGUGUGUGUUAAUUCUAGUGGACAAAUAUAUUUUUCUGGCAAUUUCUGAACCAUAGUACUUCUAGAAAUAUACUUCUAGAAAUAUACUGGAGUAUGUAAUUACUUCUUGGUAGUAGCUCUUUUUUAUGUAUUAAGAGAUACUGAAGAUUAUGAACUUUUCCUCUGAGGGUUUGCUGUCACUACAUCAAGUUUCUGACUUGUGGAUGUAACACCACAUCACGUAUUUAAGAGUUUUAUUAAGUUGUUUGUUGUAGUCACUUUUAGAUGCUUGAUAAUAGCAAAGUAAACUCUCUAGAAUUAAGCACAAUUCCUAUAAAAUAACUAUUACUAAAGCUCUCUGGUGCUAAUCUAGGUAUAGUUACUGUUCUGUAUUUCCCCCUUAAUGUUAGGGAUAGGCACUGAAGUUCAUCAUGGCAGUGUGAUGGUGAUAAGAUAUCCUCCUCACCUUGAGAUUGUGCUGUUCUUACUUUUCUAUGGAAUCCUUCAUUUUUAAGGACACUACAAACACUUAGCAUUAGGAUGUUUUAGAGCAGAACUCUGAUGUGUGUUUGUGCAUCCUGUGACACUCCGUAGCUUAGAGCCAAGUGUUCCCUGCUGAGUUCUAUGAAUGCUAAGGUGUUGUGUGCGUGUGUGUGUGUGGUGUGUAGCGCGUGUUUGCUGUGCAGCCUCUCACAGGCCUGUACUGCAACACCCACAACCUACAAGUUUCUGAAACACAAAGGUUGAAGUGUGGACCUCCCUUUCCCUGGUCCACCACUGCUGUUCAGAUACUACGCUGCUGAUUGCUGCACUUGCCGUGUGUUUUGUGCAUACGUGUUGCAGCCAGCAAUUAAAAAGUAUCUUCCAGGAGACUAGUCAUCUUCUAAGAUUUAUCUCACUAAGUAUGGUAGAAAUUCUUGGUAGACUGCAGGCAGUAGAUGAACUAGAACAAUGUAUUGGCUUACUUGCUUCAUUAGUUCUUUGCAUAUUGGGGGUGUGCUAGAAGAAAGCUAACAUGUGUACUUUUGAUACUUGAUCUCAGUUAUUCUUAUUUAUCUGUUUAUUCAGUAUUCUUAAUGCUAUGAUGUAUCUUGGUAGUGAUUCUAUUUCUAUGUAUUAAGUAAUUCAUUUUCCAGUGACUUAGCCCUUCUGUGUGUGUAGGCAGUUGGUAAAGAUCAAGCACUCUAAUUACUGCUUCUCUCCUUUCGUUGCACAAGGCUUUGUGAAUAUUAACUUGUAGAGUGACUGUCAGGUGUAGCUAAGUAUGAAUAUUCUUAAAGCAUGCAGAAAAUCAAAUGAUGAAUUAACAGUGCUUGAAUAUCCAAAUGGAUGUAUGAAUGUGGGUGCAUUUCAGACCUUGCGUGUUGUCUUUGUCUGUUGUGUGGUAUGGUGCAUUGCAGUUUGGUGUGUGUGUGUGUGUGUGUGUGUGUGUGUGUGUGUGUGUGUGUGUGUGUGUGUGUGUAUUUGUAUUUCUGCAAGCAUCUACAUUGUUUUCAAAUCUGUUUGUUGCAACUACAGGAAAAGGAGUCCAGGAAAAGCUAUUUUACAAAUUUCUUCAGUUUAUGUUGGGAGACAAACUGUUAAUUUUAAGAUACUCACCUGAGCCUAAUUCAAAUCUUUAUCUUCAGUCCAAGCUUGAAUUUGUUGAUGAUUUCAAGGGACUCUUUUUCCUUGUGGGCUUUCUCAGAACUGACAGAUUUCAUUCUCCCCUCAUUAUCUUGUAUCCUUGUUUCUGUGUAACCUUUUAAUCUAUUUCUUGAGACUUGCAUUGCACUUCCAGCUCCCUUGAUGUGUUUCAACAGCAGGAGAACUUUCAUAAUUAUUGAAAAGGCAUGUGAAAGUAAUCAGGAGACUGACAAUUUGUUCACAACUUACAAUGCAAAUUAGUUGCCCUUUGCGUGUGGCAAUAAUUGGAUUGUAAAUACUGUUUAGUUAUUUUCACAUAGAGGAUGAAAGGUCUGGAGAUAUGUAGCAUCCAAUCCAGCUUCACUUUUGCUUUUAGACCAUUGUAGUGCUACUUUCAGGACAGUGUGAUGCGUGAUUUUCCAUUCAGUUUGUUAAGGUCAUUUUGGUUAUUCUUGAAGGUGGCAUGACUUGUGUGGUUAAGCUAGAAGGGGGAAUAUUUAUGAUGGUUAGUGAGCAGCAGCAGCUCAUGCUUGUGUAGCUAACUUACCACAGGAGCAUUGCGUCUGACAUGUGCUUACUGGCAUGGAUCUUUUGUGUGAUUUGUUUUGAAAUUAUUCACAAUUAUGCAUGCUGAUAUUGGUAAUUUGAAACACAAAAAUUAAGGCUCAUUACUAAGUUCUUACAGGCAUUUGUGAAAUAUUUUUUUUUGCAAAUUAGUUUUCUGAAUUUCCACCCUCCAUGACCCUAAGUGCUAUUAAUGUAGUCAUUUAUCUUACGGAUGCAGUCAACACAAUUUGUCCUGUGGCCCAACAGAUUCAUAGUCACAUCUAUUUUCAUGCAACUCAUAAAUCACAGCACUGUGUUGCUCCAAUAAAGCAGUGUAAGCAUUUGUCUUUGGAAUUCAUGUUUGUUCAUAAAAAGCCAUUUAUAUAAUGGAAGAGUUGCUUCAUUCUGUUUGAAACCUAGCAACCUAUUCCUAGCUUAGUCCAUGCAAUUCAUACAAAAUUAUUAGGGUCUUAGGCAAAAGUAGGAAAUAAGCUAGUUUGCCAUAGAUUUCCUGCACCAAAGUCAAAACUUUCUAUGCAUGAAUGAAUGAGUUUGUUUGAUGAUUGAGUUUUAGGUUUUCAACAGUAAUGUAGGUGUCUUUGUGAUUAUUUUCUCUCUCUUUUCCCUAACCUGCAUUUCCUUAUCCAUGAUGAGCUAUAAGUGUGCACAGCAGCAGCAGCCAUUGUAACUUUUCUUUAUUCGCUGUAGAAGUCUACACAAUAAAGGAAGCUGUGAAAUGA